UGGCAGUGGCAGGACGGCUGGGAGCCCAGCAGAGGUGCCCGGCCAGCAGUUCCUCUCCAGCGGCGACACCAUGGUGGGGCUCUGGCUGCUGCUGCUGCUGCCCCACGGGGGAGCCCUGCUCAGCACAGACCCCACGACUGGAAAUACCACUGACCCCAGUGCUGAGGGCAGCCUACAGUCCACCCUGAAAAAGGGCUGGUGUUCCUCAUGGGGGGCUGGCCACUUCUCCACCUUUGACCACCAUGCCUACGACUUCCUGGGGACCUGCAACUACAUCUUUGCGGCCAGCUGCAAGGGUGCCUCACCUACCUUCAGCGUCCAGCUGCGGCGAGGGGCGGACGGGAACAUCUCUCGGAUCAUUGUGGAGCUAGGGUCCUCCGUUGUCACCGUGAACGAGACGACGAUCUCCAUCAAGGACAUCGGGGUGGUCAGCCUGCCCUACACCAGCCAUGGGCUCCAAAUCACACCCUACGGCCAGAGUGUGCAGCUGGUGGCCAAGCAGGUGGAGCUAGAGCUGGUGGUCAUGUGGGGCCCAGACGCCCACCUCAUGGUUCUGGUGGAGAGGAAGUACAUGGGCCAGAUGUGUGGGCUGUGUGGGAACUUCGACGGGAAGACGGCCAAUGAGUUUCUGAGCGAGGAUGGCAAACUCCUGGAGCCCUACAAGUAUGCUGCACUCCAGAAGCUGGACGACCCCAACGAGAUCUGCACCUUUGAGGCCAUCCCCAGGCCCCCCGUCCUGCAGGCCACACAUGUUGGGAUCUGCACCCAGCUGCUGACCUUGGUGUCCCCUGAGUGUGAUGUGCCCAAGAAGCCAUUGGUGCUGAGCUGCCAGGUGGACAUGGCUGCAUGUGCCCAGCCGGGCCAGCAGAACUGCAGCUGUGCCACUCUGUCUGAGUACUCCCGCCGGUGCAGCAUGGCACACAGGCCUGUCAGCAACUGGCGGGGCCCCGGCCUCUGCUCCGUGGGCCAGUGCCCAGCCAACCAGGUGUAUCAGGAGUGUGGCACGGCCUGCAUCAGGACCUGCUCCAACCCACAGCACAGCUGCUCCAGCCCCUGCACCUUUGGCUGCUUCUGCCCCAAAGGAAUGGUACUCAAUGACCUCUCCAACAACCACACCUGCGUGCCGGUCAGCCAGUGCCCCUGCAUGCUCAAUGGAGUCGCCUACAGCCCUGGGGAGGUCGUGAGGGCUGCCUGCCAAAGCUGCCAGUGCACCAUGGGCCACUGGACGUGCACAGGGCAGCCGUGCCCGGGCCACUGCUCUCUGGAAGGCGGCUCCUUUGUCACCACAUUCGAUGCCAGGCCCUACCGCUUCCACGGCACCUGCACCUACAUCCUCCUCCAGAGCCCCCAGCUUCCCAACGAGGGCACGCUCAUGGCCGUGUAUGACAAGUCGGGCUACUCACACUCAGAGACGUCCCUGGUCGCCAUCGUCUACCUGUCCGGGCAGGACAAGAUUGUAAUCUCCGAGGAUGAGGUGACCAACAAUGGAGACACCAAGUGGCUCCCCUACCAGACCCGCAACAUCACCAUCUUCAGACAGACGUCUACCCACCUCCAGAUGGCCACCACCUUCGGGCUAGAGAUCGUGGUCCAGCGUCAGCCCGUCUUCCAGGUGUACAUCACCCUCGGGCCGCAAUUCAGAGGCCAGACCAGAGGGCUCUGUGGCAACUUCAACGGGAACACGACCGAUGAGUUCACAAGCAGCGCAGGCAUCGACGAGGGCACAGCUGCACUCUUCGUGGACUCCUGGCGGGCGGGGAACUGCCCAGCUGCCCUGGAACGGGAGAUCGACCCCUGCUCCAUGAGCCAGCUCAACAAGAUGUACGCAGAGACCCACUGCUCGGUGCUGCUAAAGAAGGAUGGUGUGUUCGAGAAGUGCCAUGCCGUGCUGGACCCCAAGCCUUUCUACAAGAGGUGCGUGUACCAGGCCUGCAACUAUGAGGAGACCUUCCCGCACAUCUGCGCAGCCCUGGGCGCCUACGUGCACGCCUGCUCCUCCCAGGCCGUGCUGCUCGGGGACUGGAGGGACAGCGUGUACAACUGCACCAUCCCUUGCACCGGCAACCGCACCUUCAGCCAGCAGAGCCAGGCCUGUGACCACACCUGCCUAUCCCUGUCCAACCGCGAGGUGGAGUGCCACCCCAGCGCAGUGCCCGUGGAUGGCUGUAACUGCCCUGAUGGCACCUACCUGGACCACAGGAAUGAGUGUGUGCACAAGGCCCAGUGCCCCUGCCUGCUGGAGAGUCACAAGUUCAUCCUGGCCGGCCAGUCCACCAUGGUCAACGGCAUCAUCUGCCACUGCAUCAAUGGACGGCUGAGCUGCCCAGGGCAAUCGCAGGUGUUCUUGGCUUCCUGCCCAGCCCCCAAGACAUUCCAGUCCUGCAGCCAGUCCUCAGAGGACAAGUUUGGGGCCGCAUGUGCCCCCACGUGCCAGAUGCUGGCCACCGGCAUCACCUGUGUGCCCACUAAGUGUGAGCCUGGCUGCGUCUGUCCUGAGGGGUUCUACGAGAAUACCAGUGGGCAGUGUGUGCUCCCCGGGCAGUGCCCCUGUGACUUUGCGGGGGUCUCCUACCCCGGGGGUGCUGUGCUCCGCACCGACUGCAAGAACUGCACCUGCUCACAGGGGAGGUGGACCUGCCAGCAGAGUGCCCAUUGCCCAUCUACCUGCAUUCUCUAUGGGGAGGGCCACAUAAUCACUUUCGAUGGGCAGCGCUUCGUCUUUAAUGGCAACUGCAAGUACACUCUGGCCACGGAUGACUGUGGUGCCAACUCCCAGCCCAGCUUCAAGAUCCUGGUGGAGAACGUCGUCUGUGGGAAGUCAGGGGCAACCUGCUCCCGAGCCAUCCAGAUCCUCCUGGGCGGCCUGACUAUCACGAUGGCGGACAGAAACUACUCCAUCAGCGGGGAGAACUCCCAGGUGCACGUGCUGGUGAAGCCCAGCUCCUUGAACCUGGUUCUGGACAUAGAUAUCCCCAACCGGCUCAACAUGACGCUGGUCUGGAACAAGCACAUGAGCGUCUCCAUCAGGGUCCAUCGUGCCUCCCAGGAUGCCCUCUGUGGCUUGUGUGGCAACUGCAAUGGGAACAUGAAGGAUGACUUUGAGACACGCAGCAAGUACGUGGCAUCCAACGAGUUGGAAUUCGUGAACUCAUGGAAGGAGAGCCCGCUGUGCAGGGACGCGAGCUACGCAGAAGACCCCUGCAGCCUCAACCCCUUCCGCCGCCCCUGGGCAGAGCGCAAGUGCAGCAUCAUCCACAGCCAGACCUUCACAGCCUGCCACAGCAAGGUCUACCGCAUGCCCUACUACGAGGCCUGCGUGCGGGACGCCUGCCUGUGCGACAAGGGUGGGGACUGUGAGUGCCUAUGUGAUGCAGUGGCUGCCUAUGCCAAGGCCUGCCUGGACAAGGGCGUGUGCGUGGACUGGAGGGCCCCAGACUUCUGCCCCAUCUACUGCGACUUCUACAACACCCACUCGCAGGUGGGCGACGGCAAGUUCCAGUACACGCAGGAGGCCAACUGCACGUGGCACUACCAGCCCUGCCUCUGCCCUGGCCGCCUGGACAGCUUCCCAGACACGAAUGUCGAAGGCUGCUACAACUGCUCCCAGGAUGAGUACUUCGACCACCGCACGGGGACCUGUGUGCCCUGCAUGCCAUCCAACACAACCCUGCCGCUGCUGCCGACCACAGGUGACUGCGCUCACUGGCUGCCACAGGGUGUGGGCGUGCUGGCUGGGGACUUUAGCCCAGCAGGGGAGGGGGCAGGGAACACGAGUGUGAACCCCAGGUCCAAAGGGGGAGGGCAUGCAAAAUUUACCUCCAUAGCCCUGCCCACUCAGCCCUUGCUGGACCGGCCACUGAGCAUGAGGCAGGGACUCAACAGUAAGUCACCCAGAAGACCCCACCUGGAGCCCAUGCUGCCAUCAGAGGCUCAGCCAUGCCCUGGGCCUUACACUCCAUCCCUCCAGCCCAGGGGCCAUAAGGCUGGGUGGCAGGAAAAGGCGAGACUCAAGGGGGUGCAGGUCUGCCCCUGCCUGUGCAUGAGGGCAGGUCUGCCCCACGCAGGUGCACCACCCACAGAAGUCCAGCCCAGCACAGGGGCCUCCAGGACCACCAGCCCUGGGCCUAGCUCCCUACCCAUAGCUACGUACCCCACUGCCCAACCCUCAACCCCUGCCUCCACUGAGGACUGGACACUCUUGACCACACGGAUGCCAUCUGCACUCUCCUCAGGCGCCACACGGAGGUCAACAGCCACAGGACUGACGGUGACGGAAGCCAUAACACAGGCCACAGCAGCUCCGGAGAGCCAAGGCACAAAGUCCACAGCUCAGUCCACAGCAAGAACCACGGAGGCCCCACCAAGCUCAAGAACAGGAACGCUUCCCAGCCAAGAGACACCAACCCACCAGGAAAUGCUCACAACCACCAGGAGUCCUGGGACCAGCAGCACAGAGCCACCGGGUGCUCUCAGAACAACAUCCUCACAGCAAGCAGCCGAUGACACUGAAACCUCAACAGCAGCCACACCCAGUCUAGGGACAGAAAACACAGCCUCCUCCAUCAAACCACAUGGAACCACCAUCACCACACGGCACACGUCCGCCACGGCGACCGCAAACACUACGCACAGCUCCAACACCCUCACAGGGGGAUUGCAUACGACAACUGGUCUCAGGACCUCACUGACCUCUCUGGUUUCCACACUGUCCACCCUGUCUCAAACACAAACUUCUGAAAGCCAUACAAGUCCAUCUAGCCAAGAGGUCCCCUCUAAAAACUCGGACACAAGUUCAAUGACCACCACUCUCUCCACCACAGUGGUCAGGGCCACUGGACCCACCUACACCUCUCCCCUGAUCACUACGUCUACCAGUGCCCCCCACAGGUCCUUCGUCACUUCCACAACCUCCCCUGCCUCCCUGUCACACCUUUCCUCCUCCCCACAUCCCAAACCCACCUCACCCCUGUCCACCAACAUCACACCCACACCCACCAAUACACAAACGGGGACCCCGGUGGCCCACACCUCCUCUGCCACUCACACCAGUACACAAACCUCACGGACCUCUCCGUCUUCAAACACCGCGUCUGCCUCCAACACUGCCCACCCUUCCGUUCCCCUCCCAGGAACAUCCGUCCAGAUCACCAGCACAUAUCCACCUCCACCCGGUCCCCAGACCUCACUUACCUCUCGGGCUUCCACAUUGUCCACCCCUUCUCUCACACCAACUCCUCAGAGCCUCAGCAGCCCAUCCAGCCCACAAGUGCUUUGGAGCACCUCUACCCCAAGCUUCAUUAGUUCCAGUCCUACAACCAUAACCGUCAAGCCCACGGCACCCACAGCCACUCUACCACUGAUGACCACAUCUACCAGGGCCUCCACACAGGCCCCCAGCUUGAUCAGUACUUUUAGGACCUCCCCUGCCCCUCUCCCACACCCUACGUCCACUCCGCACACAAAAUACACAUUACCUAUUGCCACCACCAUCACACAAACAGGGAGCCCCAGGACACUUACCUCCGAGUCCCCUCACAGCACUCCACUCAUGACAUGGACCUCUCAGGCUUCAUACACCUCUUCUGCCUCCACCACGGCUCACCCGUCCCUGCACCUCACAGCUACACCCCUCAAGACCACCAGCUCAUUUCCAACUCCUACCACUCCCAACACCUCCCUUUCCCCGCUGGUUACCACACUGUCCACUGGCUCUCUCACGCCAUCUUCUCAGAGCAUCCCCAGCCCAUCCAGCCCUGAGGUUCUCUGGAGCACAUCCUCUCCGGGGUCAACGGGCUCCAGUCUUUUAACCACAACAGUCAAGGCCUCUGGACCGACAAGCACGGCACCACUGACAACCAUAUCUACCAGGGCCACUACACGAGCCAACACCUCCGUCACCACUUCCAGAACCUCCACUGCAACUCUCUCCUUCCCAUCAACCACUACUUACUUGAAAAGCACUUUACCUCUAGCCACCACCAUCAAGCAAACCAUGAGCACGAUGUCACUCACCUCCGGGACCCUUCUUACCACGCAACAAAUCCCAUCCACCUCUCACCCCUUGUACACCACGUCGGCCUCCACCACGGCCCGCCCUUCCAUCCAGCUCACGGGAACGUCCCUCAAGACCAGCAGCACAUUCCCAACGCCUAGUGGGCCCCUGACCUCACCUACUUCUCUCGUUUCCACACUCUCCACCCUCUCUCUCACACCAACUUCUCAGACCCUCAACACACAAUCCACUACAGAGGUCCCCUCUGAGAGCCACCACCCAAGUUCAAUGACCACCACUCUCUCCACCACAGUGGUCAGGGCCACUGGACCCACCUACACCUCUCCCCUGAUCACUACGUCUACCAGUGCCCCCCACAGGUCCUUCGUCACUUCCACAACCUCCUCUGCCUCCCUGUCACACCUUUCCUCCUCCCCACAUCCCAAACCCACAUCACCCCUGUCCACCAACAUCACACCCACACCCACCAAUACACAAACGGGGACCCCGGUGGCCCACACCUCCUCUGCCACUCACACCAGUACACAAACCUCACGGACCUCUCAGUCUUCAAACACCGCGUCUGCCUCCAACACAGCCCACCCUUCCGUUCCCCUCCCAGGAACAUCCGUCCAGAUCACCAGCGCAUAUCCACCUCCACCCGGUCCCCAGACCUCACUUACCUCUCGGGCUUCCACAUUGUCCACCCCUUCUCUCACACCAACUCCUCAGAGCCUCAGCAGCCCAUCCAGCCCACAAGUGCUUUGGAGCACCUCUACCCCAAGCUUCAUUAGUUCCAGUCCUACAACCAUAACCGUCAAGCCCACGGCACCCACAGCCACUCUACCACUGAUGACCACAUCUACCAGGGCCUCCACACAGGCCCCCAAAUCGAUCAGCACGUUCAGGACCUCCCCUGCCCCUCUCCCACACCCUACGUCCACUUUACACACAAAAUCCACAUUACCUAUUGCCACCACCAUCACACAAACAUGGAGCCCUGAGGCACUUAACUCUGAGUCCCCUCACAGCACUCCACUCAUGCCAUGGACCUCUCAGGCUUCAUACACCUCUUCUGCCUCCACCACGGCUCACCCGUCCCUGCACCUCACAGCUACACCCCUCAAGACCACCAGCUCAUUUCCAACUCCUACCACUCCCAACACCUCCCUUUCCCCGCUGGUUACCACACUGUCCACUGGCUCUCUCACGCCAUCUUCUCAGAGCAUCCCCAGCCCAUCCAGCCCUGAGGUUCUCUGGAGCACGUCCUCUCCGGGGUCUGCGGGCUCCAGUCUUUUAACCACAACAGUCAAGGCCUCUGGACCGACAAGCACGGCACCACUGACAACCACAUCUACCAGGGCCACUACACGAGCCAACACCUCCGUCACCACUUCCAGAACCUCCACUGCAACUCUCUCCUUCCCAUCAACCAUUACUUACUUGAAAAGCACUUUACCUCUAGCCACCACCAUCAAGCAAACCAUGAGCGCGAUGGCACUCACCUCCGGGACCCUUCUUACCACGCAACAAAUCCCAUCCACCUCUCACCCCUUGUACACCACGUCGGCCUCCACCACGGCCCGCCCUUCCAUCCAGCUCACGGGAACGUCCCUCAAGACCAGCAGCACAUUCCCAACGCCUAGUGGGCCCCUGACCUCACCUACUUCUCUGGUUUCCACACUCUCCACCCUCUCUCUCACACCAACUUCUCAGACCCUCAACACACAAUCCACUACAGAGGUCCCCUCUGAGAGCCACCACCCAAGUUCAAUGACCACCACUCUUUCCACCACAGUGGUCAGGGCCACUGGACCCACCUACACCUCUCCCCUGAUCACUACGUCUACCAGUGCCCCCCACAGGUCCUUCGUCACUUCCACAACCUCCCCUGCCUCCCUGUCACACCUUUCCUCCUCCCCACAUCCCAAACCCACCUCACCCCUGUCCACCAACAUCACACCCACACCCACCAAUACACAAACGGGGACCCCGGUGGCCCACACCUCCUCUGCCACUCACACCAGUACACAAACCUCACGGACCUCUCCGUCUUCAAACACCGCGUCUGCCUCCAACACAGCCCACCCUUCCGUUCCCCUCCCAGGAACAUCCGUCCAGAUCACCAGCACAUAUCCACCUCCACCCGGUCCCCAGACCUCACUUACCUCUCGGGCUUCCACAUUGUCCACCCCUUCUCUCACACCAACUCCUCAGAGCCUCAGCAGCCCAUCCAGCCCACAAGUGCUUUGGAGCACCUCUACCCCAAGCUUCAUUAGUUCCAGUCCUACAACCAUAACCGUCAAGCCCACGGCACCCACAGCCACUCUACCACUGAUGACCACAUCUACCAGGGCCUCCACACAGGCCCCCAAAUCGAUCAGCACGUUCAGGACCUCCCCUGCCCCUCUCCAACACCCUACGGCCACUCCGCACACAAAAUACACAUUACCUAUUGCCACCACCAUCACACAAACAGGGAGCCCCAGGACACUUACCUCCGAGUCCCCUCACAGCACUCCACUCAUGACAUGGACCUCUCAGGCUUCAUACACCUCUUCUGCCUCCACCACGGCUCACCCGUCCCUGCACCUCACAGCUACGCCCCUCAAGACCACCAGCUCAUUUCCAAAUCCUCCUACAGCCCACACCUCACUCACCUCCCUAGUUUCAACACUGUCCACUGGCUCUCUCACACCAUCUUCUCAGAGCAUCCCCAGCCCAUCCAGCCCAGGAGGGCUCUGGACCGCCUCCUCCCCGAGGUCAACGGGAUCCAGUCUUUCCACUACAGGAGUCAAAUCCACUGGACCUACAAGCACUGCACCACUGGUAACCACAUCUACCAGGGCCACUACACGAGCCAACACCUCGGUCAGGACUUCCAGAUCCUACACUGCCCCUCUGCCUUUCCCAUGGACCACUACUUACCAGAAAACCACAUUACCCUGGGCUUCCACCAUCAAGCAAACCAUGAGUCCAGUGGCACUCACCUCCGGGACGCUUCUUAGCACGCAACAAAUCCCAUCCACCUCUCACCCCUUGUACACCACGUCGGCCUCCACCACGGCCCGCCCUUCCAUCCAGCUCACGGGAACGUCCCUCAAGACCAGCAGCACAUUCCCAACGCCUAGUGGGCCCCUGACCUCACCUACUUCUCUCGUUUCCACACUCUCCACCCUCUCUCUCACACCAACUUCUCAGACCCUCAACGCACAAUCCACUACAGAGGUCCCCUCUGAGAGCCACCACCCAAGUUCAAUGACCACCACUCUCUCCACCACAGUGGUCAGGGCCACUGGACCCACCUACACCUCUCCCCUGAUCACUACGUCUACCAGUGCCCCCCACAGGUCCUUCGUCACUUCCACAACCUCCACUGCCUCCCUGUCACACCUUUCCUCCUCCCCACAUCCCAAACCCACAUCACCCCUGUCCACCAACAUCACACCCACACCCACCAAUACACAAACGGGGACCCCGGUGGCCCACACCUCCUCUGCCACUCACACCAGUACACAAACCUCACGGACCUCUCAGUCUUCAAACACCGCGUCUGCCUCCAACACAGCCCACCCUUCCGUUCCCCUCCCAGGAACAUCCGUCCAGAUCACCAGCACAUAUCCACCUCCACCCGGUCCCCAGACCUCACUUACCUCUCGGGCUUCCACAUUGUCCACCCCUUCUCUCACACCAACUCCUCAGAGCCUCAGCAGCCCAUCUAGCCCACAAGUGCUUUGGAGCACCUCUACCCCAAGCUUCACUAGUUCCAGUCCUACGACCAUAACCGUCAAGCCCACGGCACCCACAGCCACUCUACCACUGAUGACCACAUCUACCAGGGCCUCCACACAGGCCCCCAAAUCGAUCAGCACGUUCAGGACCUCCCCUGCCCCUCUCCCACACCCUACGUCCACUUUACACACAAAAUCCACAUUACCGAUUGCCACCACCAUCACAGAAACAGGGAGCCCUGAGGCACUUAACUCUGAGUCCCCUCACAGCACUCCACUCAUGACAUGGACCUCUCAGGCUUCAUACACCUCUUCUGCCUCCACCACGGCUCACCCGUCCCUGCACCUCACAGCUACACCCCUCAAGACCACCAGCUCAUUUCCAACUCCUACCACUCCCAACACCUCCCUUUCCCCGCUGGUUACCACACUGUCCACUGGCUCUCUCACGCCAUCUUCUCAGAGCAUCCCCAGCCCAUCCAGCCCUGAGGUUCUCUGGAGCACGUCCUCUCCGGGGUCAACGGGCUCCAGUCUUUUAACCACAACAGUCAAGGCCUCUGGACCGACAAGCACGGCACCACUGACAACCACAUCUACCAGGGCCACUACACGAGCCAACACCUCCGUCACCACUUCCAGAACCUCCACUGCAACUCUCUCCUUCCCAUCAACCAUUACUUACUUGAAAAGCACUUUACCUCUAGCCACCACCAUCAAGCAAACCAUGAGCGCGAUGGCACUCACCUCCGGGACCCUUCUUACCACGCAACAAAUCCCAUCCACCUCUCACCCCUUGUACACCACGUCGGCCUCCACCACGGCCCGCCCUUCCAUCCAGCUCACGGGAACGUCCCUCAAGACCAGCAGCACAUUCCCAACGCCUAGUGGGCCCCUGACCUCACCUACUUCUCUGGUUUCCACACUCUCCACCCUCUCUCUCACACCAACUUCUCAGACCCUCAACGCACAAUCCACUACAGAGGUCCCCUCUGAGAGCCACCACCCAAGUUCAAUGACCACCACUCUCUCCACCACAGUGGUCAGGGCCACUGGACCCACCUACACCUCUCCCCUGAUCACUACGUCUACCAGUGCCCCCCACAGGUCCUUCGUCACUUCCACAACCUCCACUGCCUCCCUGUCACACCUUUCCUCCUCCCCACAUCCCAAACCCACAUCACCCCUGUCCACCAACAUCACACCCACACCCACCAAUACACAAACGGGGACCCCGGUGGCCCACACCUCCUCUGCCACUCACACCAGUACACAAACCUCACGGACCUCUCCGUCUUCAAACACCGCGUCUGCCUCCAACACUGCCCACCCUUCCGUUCCCCUCCCAGGAACAUCCGUCCAGAUCACCAGCACAUAUCCACCUCCACCCGGUCCCCAGACCUCACUUACCUCUCGAGCUUCCACAUUGUCCACCCCUUCUCUCACACCAACUCCUCAGAGCCUCAGCAGCCCAUCCAGCCCACAAGUGCUUUGGAGCACCUCUACCCCAAGCUUCACUAGUUCCAGUCCUACGACCAUAACCGUCAAGCCCACGGCACCCACAGCCACUCUACCACUGAUGACCACAUCUACCAGGGCCUCCACACAGGCCCCCAAAUCGAUCAGCACAUUCAGGACCUCCCCUGCCCCUCUCCCACACCCUACGUCCACUUUACACACAAAAUCCACAUUACCGAUUGCCACCACCAUCACAGAAACAGGGAGCCCUGAGGCACUUAACUCUGAGUCCCCUCACAGCACUCCACUCAUGCCAUGGACCUCUCAGGCUUCAUACACCUCUUCUGCCUCCACCACGGCUCACCCGUCCCUGCACCUCACAGCUACACCCCUCAAGACCACCAGCUCAUUUCCAACUCCUACCACUCCCAACACCUCCCUUUCCCCGCUGGUUACCACACUGUCCACUGGCUCUCUCACGCCAUCUUCUCAGAGCAUCCCCAGCCCAUCCAGCCCUGAGGUUCUCUGGAGCACGUCCUCUCCGGGGUCAACGGGCUCCAGUCUUUUAACCACAACAGUCAAGGCCUCUGGACCGACAAGCACGGCACCACUGACAACCACAUCUACCAGGGCCACUACACGAGCCAACACCUCCGUCACCACUUCCAGAACCUCCACUGCAACUCUCUCCUUCCCAUCAACCAUUACUUACUUGAAAAGCACUUUACCUCUAGCCACCACCAUCAAGCAAACCAUGAGCGCGAUGGCACUCACCUCCGGGACCCUUCUUACCACGCAACAAAUCCCAUCCACCUCUCACCCCUUGUACACCACGUCGGCCUCCACCACGGCCCGCCCUUCCAUCCAGCUCACGGGAACGUCCCUCAAGACCAGCAGCACAUUCCCAACGCCUAGUGGGCCCCUGACCUCACCUACUUCUCUGGUUUCCACACUCUCCACCCUCUCUCUCACACCAACUUCUCAGACCCUCAACGCACAAUCCACUACAGAGGUCCCCUCUGAGAGCCACCACCCAAGUUCAAUGACCACCACUCUUUCCACCACAGUGGUCAGGGCCACUGGACCCACCUACACCUCUCCCCUGAUCACUACGUCUACCAGUGCCCCCCACAGGUCCUUCGUCACUUCCACAACCUCCACUGCCUCCGUGUCGUACCUCCCUUCCUCCCCAUAUCACAAACCCACCUCACCCCUGUCCACCAACAUCACACCCACAACCACCAAUACACAAACGGGGACCCCGGUGGCCCACACCUCCUCUGCCACUCACACCAGUACACAAACCUCACGGACCUCUCAGUCUUCAAACACCGCGUCUGCCUCCAACACAGCCCACCCUUCCGUUCCCCUCCCAGGAACAUCCGUCCAGAUCACCAGCGCAUAUCCACCUCCACCCAGUCCCCAGACCUCACUUACCUCUCGGGCUUCCACAUUGUCCACCCCUUCUCUCACACCAACUCCUCAGAGCCUCAGCAGCCCAUCCAGCCCACAAGUGCUUUGGAGCACCUCUACCCCAAGCUUCAUUAGUUCCAGUCCUACAACCAUAACCGUCAAGCCCACGGCACCCACAGCCACUCUACCACUGAUGACCACAUCUACCAGGGCCCCCAGCUUGAUCAGCACUUUUAGGACCUCCCGUGCCCCUCUCCCACACCCUACGUCCACUCCACACUCAAAAUCCACAUUACCUAUUGCCACCACCAUCACACAAACAGAGAGCUCCAAGGCACUUACCUCCGUGUACCCUCCCAGCACUCCACACAUGCCAUGGACCUCUCAGGCUUCAUACACCUCUUCUGCCUCCACCACGGCUCACCCGUCCCUGCACCUCACAGCUACGCCCCUCAAGACUACCAGACCAUCCAGCCCAGAAGUGCUCAGUGGUACCUCCACCCCAAGGCCUAUGGGCUCCAGUCUUUCCACCACAACCAUCAAGGCCACCAGAACCACAAGCACUACACUACUGAUGACCACUUCUACCAGGUCCUCCACAGGAGCCAAUACCUCGAUCAACACUUCCAGAUCCUCCGCUGCCCCCCUGUCCUUCCCACUGUCCUCUCCUUACCCGAAACCCACAUUAUCUCUGACCACCACCAUCAAACAAACCGGCAGCCCCGUGGCACUUACCUCAUUGGCCCUUCCCAGCACUCAACAAACCCCACUGACCUCUCACUCCUUGUACAGCACGUCGGCCUCCACCACGGCCCGCCCUUCCAUCCACCUCACAAGAACGUCCCUCAAGACCAGCAGUGCAUUUCCAACUCCCACUGGGCCCCAGACCUCACCUACCUCUCUGAUUUCCACACUGUCCACCAGCCCUCUCACAUCAACUUCUCACUGGACCACCAGCCCUGAACUGUUAUGGAGCACUUCCUCCCCAAGGUUAAUGGGCUCCAGUCUUUCAACUACAGCCUUCCAGUCCACUGGACCCACAAGCAGUGCAGCGCAGAUGACCACGUCUUCCAGGGCCUCCACACAAGCCCACAGCUCCGUCAUCACUCUUAGAACCUCUGCUUCCUCCCUGUCACACCUUUCCUCCUCGCCAUACGUGGAAUCCACAUCACCCCUGUCCACGAGCAUCAUCACCACACCCACCAACAGACAAACUCCAAGUCCUAUGGCCCACACCUCCUCUGCCACUCACACCAGUACACACACCUUAUGGACCUCUCAGUCUCCAUACACGGCAUCUGCCUCCACCACUCUCCAGCAUUCUGUGCCCCUCUCAGGAACGUCCCUCCAGACCACCAGUGCAUAUCCAACUUCAACUGGCCACAAGCCCUCAGUUACCUCUCUGGGUACCACGCUAUCCACCAUCUCUCUCAGACCCACUUCUCAGAGCCUCACCAGCCCGUCCAGCCCAGAGGUGUUAUGGAGCACCUCCAUCCCAAGGCCAAUGGACACGAGUCUUUCAACCACAGCCGUGAAGGCUACUGGACCCAGAAGCACUUCACCACUGAUGACCACGUCUACCUGGACCUCCACACAGGCCCACUGGUCUUUCCACACUGCCAGAACGUCGUCUUAUUUACGGAGCUCUUCUUCUCCCUUGUCCUCCAUUUCUACCUCCAGUUCUACUUUGUCCCCCGCAGCCUCGCCAUCGGCACUCCGUAGUCUUUUCACCACGUCUGUUUCUGUAGAGACUACACAUCCUUCCACACUUUUGCCCAAGGCCUCAUCCACAACCUCCCGGCCAACUUCUUUUCAAACCUCUUCCUCUCCCAUUUCCGCCUUGCUGUCACCGAGAUCUCCUCUUACCACAUCGUCCACCUCAGUCCCUUCAACCUCCCCCACUGCUCCCCCACUGUAUGCACCUACCAGCAGCUCCAUCCCUCCUGCUCCGUUUCCCACUGCGUCUACGACUGGGUCCCAUUUCCCUUCUCCUUCUGCCUCUCUCCUCCCCACCCCAACCUCCAGUCCUGUUAACACUUCCCUUUUACCUCUUUUAAACUCCUCUUCCCCUGACUCUGCUCUUCCCACCCUGCCAGCUGUCCACACAUCUGCCACCCCAGAUCAGGUGCCAAACCCCAGCCCAGGCUUCCCUUCCACGUCCAGGAUUACACCCAGUGCCUCCCCUUCCUCUGCCUUCUCACAGUCCACCACCUCCCAGCUUACUUCUCUUACCACCCAAGCCUCCAUGCCAGGCCUUGUGUCUUCGACCUUGAGGAUGACAAGCUCAACAGUUUCCCCUACUACCAACCUUACCAGCAGUCCUCCUGGUACCUCCAGGCUGCUGACGUCCAUGCUCCUGUCCAGCUACAUCACCUCGCACGGAAGCUCCUCUACCUUCCCCCCAGCAACCCCCUCCAGGGUGGCCCCCUCAGUCUCCUCUGAUGGAGCCUGCAGUGUGCAGGAACAUGAACAGGAAAUCACCUACCAGGGGUGCACCGCAAACGUGACCCUGACCCGCUGCGAGGGUGCUUGUGCCUCUUCCGUCAGCUUCAACAUCACCACCCAGCAGGUGGAUGCUCAGUGUAGCUGCUGCUACCCGCUCAACUCCUACAGGAAACAGCUCCUACUGCCCUGUGCAGACCCCAGCGCACCAGGCCAGCAGCUCAAGGUCACCUUGCAGGUGUUCAGCAGCUGUGUGUGCCAACUCUCGCACUGCAGAGACUAGAGGAGCUGCCUGGUCUCCCACGCACACAAGGUCGCAGGCCAAGAACAAGACAGCUGCCACCACACUCCUCCUCUGGAUUUGUCCAGCAGCCUCUUUCCUGGACAUAGAUCUGAACUCCACGAGCCCUCGGAGGUGGCUCACCUGAGGCCACUGCAGGGAAGAAGCUGCUGGGAAGGAGCCCUGACCAUCCACCUCCUGCUGACCCAACCCAGAGUGUGGGUGUGACAUGGGCACGUGCUGAUGGCAGCGUCUGCCACGCACACUGCCUCCCAGCCUUUGGUUGCAGAAUCUUGCAGAGAAAACAACCCAGAAGCAGAUGCCAGGGAGGAGGCUGCUCCAGCAGGGCUGCUGGGGGGACAUGUGGGCUGAUCAGAAUGGGGACAUGGCGGGUGUGGGUACCUGGACAGGGACAAGGAGGACGAAAGGCCAGGUAAGCACGAAAUCCAGCAGAGAGGGGUAUCCCCAGUCAGGGUGACAGGCAGGUGCAACACAGUGGCACCCAGCUGUGCAAGAUGGCUGCCGCCAGAACCCACAUCCUCACAGGAGGCUGUCACCCACCACCGAGUUGAUUCCAAAUAAACUGGAUCUUGUCCAGGCAGAGGCUGAUCCAUGAGCGCCACUGUGCCAUCCCCAACUC